AUGGAAAGAUCUCCCCAAAACAUACUGGCGGACAAGCGCGUUUUCGUGGCCCCAAAUGACUCCGAUUUCGAAUGCCUCAAACAGUGCCUAACUAUUCGUCUUGAAGGUGGUCAAGGCGAAUGUUUCGUCGAACUCGGCAUUGGUGAGGGUCAGGACCCGGGUCUCCCGCCAGCCGACAUGGACGCCAGUGUUGCAACCCUGCAGCUUCUUGCUCAGCUCCUAAACGCCAAGCUUAUACAUCUUAGAGAUCGCACAGUGGUGCACCAACCCUCCACAGCUUCCGACGCAGCCCCGGCCACUGCGCCCGCAACCGGCGGUAAGGAGCGGACAAAACGGAAGGCCAAGCGCGCCAAUGCCUCCGCUAGUGCCUCCACGUCCCCUAAUGCUUCCACUACUUCCGCCACCACGAUCCCUGCCGCCUCCACCACCGACGCUGCAGCUACUGCUGCUGCCGAAAAACCCACCACCCCUACUACCACUGCCGCCGCCGCCAGUUCAACUGGACAUUCCGCGGACUGGAUUGUAAAAGACUUUCUGCUGAGACAAGUAAUCGGAGAUCGUGAUUUCAUAGAUAUCAGGGUAGCAGUGGUCGGAAAUGUGGACGCAGGCAAGUCCACCAUGCUGGGUGUUCUCACCCACGGUGAAUUGGACAACGGACGCGGUCUCGCCCGCCAGCACCUCUUCCGACACAAACACGAGCUCGAGUCGGGACGGACGAGCUCCGUGAGCAACAACAUCCUCGGCUUCGACGCCGACGGCAAGGUUGUCAAUCGGGCUGUCCACGGCAAACUCGAUUGGGCCAAAAUCUGCCAGGCGUCUACAAAGGUUUGUUUGGCCGCGUUGCCCUCUUUCGAAUUAGAGUACCGACCGCUGAAGCCGUUUGUGAUCACCUUUAUCGACCUGGCCGGCCACGAGCGGUACUUGAAGACCACCGUCUUCGGUCUGACCGGUUUCGCGCCCGACUACGCGAUGCUCAUGAUUGGAGCGAACGCGGGUAUCGUGGGAAUGACCAAGGAGCACCUAGGUCUCGCGCUAGCCCUCUCCGUCCCUGUGUUUGUUGUCAUCACCAAAGUUGACAUGUGUCCUACCAAUGUCCUCAACGAGACCGUCAACUACCUCUUCCGACUCCUCAAGUCCCCGGGGUGCCGAAAAAUGCCGGUUCUUGUGUCCACGCAAGAUGGCGUGGUAUGCAGUGCCACCAACUUCACAUCUGAGCGCAUGUGUCCAGUCUUUCUCGUCUCCAACGUGACUGGUUCCAACCUCGACCUCCUCACAUCCUUCCUGAACCUCCUUUCAACCCCCCGAUCCAAUAUGGACUCCUCGCCCUACCCACUCGAUAAGCCAGCAGAAUUCCAGAUUGACGAGCUAUUCACGGUGCCGGGCGUGGGUGCCAUCGUCUCCGGGACGUGCAUGAGUGGUGUCAUCAGCGUCAACGACAACCUCCAACUGGGUCCCGACACCUCCGGACGCUUCUUUCCUGUCCUCGUGAAGAGCAUCCACAGGAAACGCAUGCCCGUGCAGUCCGUGAAGGCUGGCCAGACUGCCUCAUUCUCGUUGAAGCGACCGAAAGGCUGCCAACUACGGCGGGGGAUGGUCCUGCUGGCCAAGGGCACCGACGCGGUGUCCUGCGUGAACUUUACGGCCACCGUUCUGGUCCUCCACCACCCCACCACCAUCAGCGUCGGCUACCAGGCGAUGGUGCACGCGGGCCCGAUUCGACAGACCGCCACGAUCCUCAGCAUCGGCGCGGGCCAGGGCGAGGAGCGUCUGCGCACGGGCGACAAGGCGGAGGUCCACUUCGCCUUCAUCAACCACCCGGAGUUCCUUCACAAGGGCACCAGGCUCAUCUUCCGCGAGGGCAAGACCAAAGCCGUGGGCACAGUGAACCACAUCGUGCCGUACCAGCCCGUCCUCGCUCCGCCGGCCGCCGGACGAUCGAAGAAGACACAGAAGCCGCCGAGUCGAACGCCCGUGGUGCUGAGCACUACUCCACCGCCGCCGCCCACUCCGGCCGCCGAAGCCGACGUCCACGACGACAAGACGUAG